UGUAUUAAGUCUCGCAUAGCUGACAUGAAGUUAAAAGCUAAAGUCGUGUGUGUGUAUAUAUAAUUAACGUUAGUAGAUUUCUAAAUACCUCUGUGUUUAUUGAAAUAAUCUCCUUCCUUCCGAUAGCCCGUGAAUGCAACACUAGCUGUGUUUCGGACAUGGUGGUAGCAUCACACCACCGUAUGAAUGGGUUUUUGUCGGGCCUCCUGCUAGCUUUGCUCCCCGGGGAGCUUAUUCAGUAUUUUGAUAACUUAUUAUUUUACUUUUAUCAGCCCCCAGCAACCUCAUGUCCCAGGUCUGCAUAGGCCCUCAAAGCUGAGAUCGCUUAGCUUCAUCUUCUUGACCACAACGUUAUGCUAGCCGAUGGCACACAUUAGCUAGCAAGCAGCUAGCAACUUUAUUUCAUUUUUAGAUAGUUGUUCUAAAUGGGUAAGAUCUUGACGUAUUACACUUUACGACAAAGCAUACAGCGUAUGUGGGUGUAUGUGUGUUCAGAGUAAAUCCUCUCAAAAUGGACCUCAAUUUCUACUCCGAACUGUCGGAUGGUUGUGCUCAAAAUGUUGACUCGGAGUUUUUGGACACGCAAACCUACGGUGGCUACUCGGAGGAAAACAAGUUCACAGAAGGCGGCGACAGCUACCUCGCCAUCAGCGGAGGGGGGCACCCUUUCCUGUCCGCGGAGCAGACGUUCCAUACCCCCAGUCUCGGGGAUGAGGUUUUCGAGAUCCCCCCGAUCUCUCUCGACCCGGACCCGACGCUGAGCAUCAGCGAUGCGGUGUCCCACUUUGGCCCCGGGGGGGCUUCUGGCUCCCGCAGCCUGGUCAGUAACCUAGUGGUGGAGGCCAAUGACCCUUCCUUCGCCUCCACCUUUGUGAACUCUGGCUCUCAGGGCCUGCAGCAGCUGAACCUUGGGGCGAUGGGCCAAGCCGGAGGGGGGGCCCUUCUGAGCUCCUCUGCUCUGGAACUGGGGAAUUCCAGUGGUUCACAUUUCAGCAGUUCGUCCCCCAUGACCAUUGAUGUCCAACUUGGGGACAUCAGUCACAGUCUCUUGGGGAGCAGCCAUUUGAGCACCAUUAACCCGUCUGAGCUGGCACUUGGUCUUGGGGGUGAUAAUAUCGGGCACCCUUCGGGGACCUCCGAGCAGCCGCUCUCGGCGACCCCAUCACCGGCUGGCUCGCUGCAGGACGAGGACAUGGAUGACUUCAAGAGGUGUGUGCUGGUAGAUACCCCCUUGUAUCUCACCUCUUCCCUCUCCCACAUGUCCUCCCACCCGACUCCUACGUCUUCUGUGUCUCCGGCUACAUCCAGGAGAGGCGGCGGGAAGCCGGCCUCACUGGCCUCUGUGACUGGGGCCGUGGGCCCUAAGAAAGUAAGGAAGAAGAAGGACCCAAACGAGCCGCAGAAGCCUGUCUCAGCGUACGCGUUGUUCUUCAGAGACACCCAGGCAGCCAUUAAGGGCCAGAACCCCAACGCCUCUUUUGGGGAAGUGUCAAAGAUUGUGGCCUCCAUGUGGGACAGUCUGGCUGAGGGACAGAAGCAGGUGUAUAAGAGGAAGACGGAAGCAGCCAAACGGGAGUAUCUGAAAGCUCUGGCAGCUUACAGAGAGAACCAGCUCAUACAACCUGCAAAUGAUGAGAUGGAGACCGCUCCUUCACCACCACCACCUCCUCCACCCCCGGCUGUCAGUGUGACACCCACAGCCUUUCCCUUUGCCGGUCACCAGGCCGUCAGGCUGCCUACCAGCAGCCUGGAAGAGAACACCAUCACCAACAUUUGUGCCUCCAACAUCAUCCUCGACGUGCCGGAGAUGACCACGCGUUCCCGCACGGGGGCGAACAAGCCCCCCGCUCCCACAGUUGCGCUGCCCCCGUCACCCACCAUCACAAAGAUCAUAAUCCCAAAGCACAUGUUGCAGGCGGGGGGCCAGGUGGUGACCGUGUUGCAGGGAGGCGUCUGUGCUUUGACACCCACGCUGGUAGUGUCGGGGGCCUCUCGUCAGCCGCCUCCGCUGCAGCAGAUGCAGAGCGCACCACCUCCGCCGCGGCUCCAGCAAAUGGCGCCGGCGCCCCCGCCCUUGCAGGCCAAGCCUCGAGAGGGGAGCGGCACGCCGGGUCUGCCCGUGUCCAUCGCGGCGACUCCCCCGCCGCCGCUCCAGAUAAAGAUUGUUCCUGCAUCCUUGCAGGGCAAAGAAGUCCUGCCCAUUAUCGUCCCGAACACAGUGUCUUUGUCAUCUACCGCAACCGGCCAGUCUGCGCCCGGCAUGUCUGUGCAGCUGGUGAACUCGGCCGACGCGUUGGGCAACACGGAGGACGACGAAGUUACAGAAGUGCUGCACUCAGAAGAGGAGGAGAUGGAGGUGAAUGGGUCUGGUGACGCCUCUGCUAUGAGGAGUGUGUGUGUGAGGACGGGCUGUAACAACCCGGCCGUAGAGAGCUGCGACUGGGACAAAGAAUACUGCAGCAACGAAUGUGUGGCCACUCACUGCAGCACUAUAUUCAAGGCGUGGUGCUCGAUCAGGAGUCAGACCAUGGGAGUUGUGAAAUGAGCAGCGGCUACCGAUCUCAUCAACAGAACACUUGUUUUUCAGUCCGAGCCAACGUAGGCCAGCGUUUCCAUGUUAGUAUUUUUGGCACACUAUUGUAAUGAAAGGUAAGGGCAAUAAUUUGGUGUUGUGGUACAGUUUUUAGUCGAGAGACUUGAAGGCAGCUAGAGAAGGAAAUCAGCACAAUGAAGUGUUAUAGUUGAUGAGGAAAAAGUUAUUUUUCUGGCUCAUACAGGUCAGGUUAUACUUGUUUACUGUAAAAGGCUCUCACAGAGGACACUUUCACAGCAGUUUGUGACAUGAUUGUACAGUACUGACUGGAAUUCAUGCUCAGUGAUGUUUUGGUUUUUCAUGUCUCUAGAGAAGCAACAUUUCCAAUUCUAUGGUAACUGAGGCUAAAAUAUGUAACAAUUAUUACCACUGUACACCUUGUUUUUGUACUGAGAAUAGUAGCCUUUUAGGUUUAUUAUUGCCAUUUGUUUGGGGGAAAAAAGCUGCUAUUGCAGUUAGAUGAACCAAUUCACUCCUGUUCUGUUUCCUUGUCCUUUUGUAGGAUUAAAUGAAUACUAUAAUCCAUAAAUAACUAAUAUUC